UGGUAACGGGCCCCGGAUGACCCCGCGUCACCACUGUGAGGCCUACAGUUCUGCCGGGGAGGAGGAGGAGGAGGAAGAGGAGGAGGAGAAGAAGAAGAAUGUUUCUCCAUCCCAGAGAGAUGAAGUAAUUCAGUGGUUGGCCAAACUCAAAUACCAGUUCAACCUUUACCCAGAAACAUUUGCUCUGGCAAGCAGUCUUUUGGACAGGUUUUUAGCUACGGUCAAAGCCCAUCCAAAAUAUUUGAAUUGUAUUGCAAUCAGCUGUUUUUUUCUAGCUGCUAAAACUGUUGAAGAAGAUGAGAAAAUUCCAGUACUAAAGGUAUUGGCAAGAGACAGUUUCUGUGGCUGUUCCACAUCUGAGAUUUUGAGAAUGGAGAGAAUUAUUCUGGAUAAGUUGAACUGGGAUCUUCACACAGCCACACCAUUGGAUUUUCUUCAUAUUUUCCACGCCAUUGCGGUGUCCACUAGGCCUCAGUUACUCUUCAGUUUGCCCAAAUUGAGUCCGUCUCAACAUUUGGCAGUCUUGACCAAGCAACUACUUCACUGUAUGGCCUGCAACCAACUUCUGCAGUUCAAAGGAUCCAUGCUUGCUCUGGCCAUGGUUAGUUUGGAAAUGGAGAAACUCAUUCCCGAUUGGCUUCCUCUUACAAUUGAACUGCUUCAGAAAGCACAGAUGGACAGCUCCCAGUUGAUCCACUGUCGGGAGCUGGCGGCACAUCACCUCUCGGCUCUGCAGUCUUCCCUGCCUCUAAAUUCCGUUUAUGUCUACCGUCCCCUCAAGCACACCCUGGUGACCUGCGACAGAGGAGCGUUCAAAUUACAUCCCUCCUCUGUCGCAGGCCCAGAUUUCUCCAAGGACAACAGCAAGCCAGAAGUGCCAGUCAGAGGUACCGCAGCCUUCUGCCAUCACCUCCCAGCUGCCGGUGGGUGCAAGCAGGCCUCUGCUAAACGCAAGGUGGAGGAGAUGGAAGUGGAUGACUUCUACGAUGGGAUCAAGCGGCUCUACAAUGAAGACACUGCGCCAGAUAACGGGGGCUCUGGGUGUGGCCCUGACUUAGCCAGGCAAGAGGGGCCUGCUUCUCCAUCCCCUUUGCAGCCUGUUUCAGUCAUGUAGUUCCCUUCCAGUGCACACGGGCUGACUACCCAGAAGUGCGGCUAGAGACCCAGGAAAGGCUGCAGAGAAGGGCGUGUGCUUUAUCAGACUGAAGUGAGCCAGGGCAAAAGAAAUCCCCCGUUCCUUUGUGCGGCUACUACAAUUCAACACCCUUUAAUAUAAAGGCCUAUAUUUAUAGACUCAAGAUCCAAAAUAGAUUGAAAAGUAAAGAAAACGUUCUUUGUACUAUGACAGUUCCACUUUUUUCUUUGUUAAAAUAAUAGUUUGUCCCAGGUCCAAAAAAAUAAAAUAAAAAUCCAUGUAAGGGGAAAAGUUGCAAAAUUUAUAGCUAGAGACCUUGUUCCAGUGUCCUCAUUUUUCUCUCACCUUUUCUUGCCUCUCUGUUGGAUUCUGAAUAAGUUUUGUGCUUGUUGAUGUAUGUGUUCUGACUUCCACUGAAUAGGUAGCCCCCAACUUUUUUUUUUUUUUACAGCAAAUUAGUUUUGUGUGGCAGCCAUGUUUAAUCCAUGGCUCAAGUUCCUUA